AUGUGAUGCUCUGCAGUCGCCUCGACCAUCUUCAGCACCAGUCCCUCUCUCCCUCUCUCUCUCUCUCUCUCUCUCUCUCUCUCAGUCUGUCUCUCUCCUCACAUACAGAAGAAUUGCUCUCCAUGAGUCGCUCCGCUUCACUCACGGCUGGAUUUGUGCGUUUAUGAUUCUCCUCAAACAGCUCGUUUUCUAAGGCUUGUUUUUUGAGGCAGGAGAGAAAAUGGCUCAAAGCGCGCUGCUUUUUUUAUUAUGGCUAUUCGGCACAUCCCUCGCUGGCUUCCCUAAUCAAAUCAAUAUCGGUGGGCUCUUCAUGCGUUCCACCGUGCAAGAACACAGUGCUUUCAGAUUCGCUGUGCAGCUCUACAACACCAAUCAGAACACGACUGAAAAACCCUUCCAUCUCAAUUACAACGUAGAUAACCUGGAGUCCUCCAACAGUUUCUCUGUCACUCAUGCAUUUUGUUCGCAGUUCUCCAGAGGGGUAUAUGCCAUAUUUGGCUUCUAUGACAAGAAGUCCAUGAACACGCUGACCUCCUUCUGCGGGGCCCUACACACCUCCUUCGUCACACCCAGCUACCCCAUCGACUCAGACGUGCAGUUUGUCAUCCAGAUGCGCCCUCCACUGAAGGGCACCGUCCUGAGUCUACUGUCUCACUACAAGUGGGACAAGUUUGUCUACCUCUAUGACACAGACAGAGGAUUUUCCAUUCUUCAAGCCAUUAUGGAGGCUGCAGUGGCAAACAACUGGCAAGUUACAGCGCGGUCAGUGGGCAGCAUCACGGACCCCCAGGAGUUCCGCCGCAUUAUUGAGGAAAUGGACAGGAGACAGGAGAAGCGCUUCCUCAUCGACUGUGAAGUGGACAGAAUCAAUGUCAUCUUGGAGCAGGUUGUGGCACUCGGAAAGAACAGUCGAGGCUACCAUUAUGUUAUUGCCAAUCUGGGCUUCACCAACAUUAGCCUGGACAAGGUCUUUCUCGGUGGAGCGAACAUUAGUGGCUUCCAGAUAAUCAAUCCUGAAAACUCAGUUGUACAACAGUUUCUCCAGAGAUGGGACCGUCUAGAUGAAAGAGAGUUUCCUGAAGCUAGAAACACACCUCUGAAGUACACUUCAGCGCUGUCUUAUGAUGCUAUCCUGGUCAUUGCGGAGGCGUUCCGGUACCUGCGACGCCAGCGAGUAGAUGUGUCCAGACGAGGCAGUGCAGGUGAUUGCCUGGCUAACCCUGCGGUCCCUUGGAGCCAAGGCAUCGACAUUGAACGAGCUCUCAAAAUGGUCCAGGUGCAAGGGAUGACUGGUAAUAUCCAGUUUGACAGCUUUGGUCGCAGAUCAAACUACACUAUUGAUGUUUAUGAAAUGAAAACAGGUGGCCCAAGAAAAAUCGGAUACUGGAACGAUAUUGAGCGCUUUGUUAAUAUAAUGGAUCAGCAGUACACCAACGAUUCCUCAGUGGAAAACCGAACAAUUGUGGUCACUACUAUUAUGGAAGCACCAUAUGUGAUGUACAAGAAAAACCACAUGCAUCUGGAUGGCAAUGACAAGUAUGAAGGCUACUGUGUCGAUUUAGCUUCUGAGAUUGCAAAACAUGUUGGGAUUAAGUACAGACUGUCCAUAGUCAUGGAUGGAAAAUAUGGUGCCCGUGACCCUGAAACCAAGACUUGGAACGGGAUGGUGGGUGAACUAGUCUAUGGGAGAGCAGAUAUAGCCGUCGCACCAUUAACGAUCACGCUUGUGCGAGAGGAAGUCAUUGACUUUUCUAAGCCCUUCAUGAGUUUGGGCAUCUCCAUUAUGAUCAAGAAACCUCAGAAGUCCAAACCGGGUGUGUUCUCAUUCCUGGACCCUCUGGCAUAUGAGAUCUGGAUGUGUAUCGUAUUCGCAUACAUCGGCGUCAGCGUGGUGCUGUUCCUCGUGAGCCGCUUCAGCCCCUACGAGUGGCACCUGGAUGAGACUGAUGAAGCCAAAGACCCCCAGACCUCUCCAGACCCGCCUAAUGACUUUGGGAUUUUUAACAGCCUGUGGUUCUCUCUAGGGGCCUUCAUGCAGCAGGGCUGUGAUAUCUCACCAAGGUCCUUAUCGGGCAGAAUAGUGGGAGGCGUCUGGUGGUUCUUCACCCUCAUCAUAAUCUCGUCCUACACGGCUAACCUGGCUGCUUUCCUCACAGUAGAGAGGAUGGUCUCUCCCAUAGAGAGCGCUGAAGAUCUAGCCAAACAAACAGAGAUCGCAUACGGAACCUUGGACUCAGGAUCAACCAAAGAGUUCUUUAGGCGUUCCAAAAUAGCAGUGUAUGAAAAAAUGUGGUCGUACAUGAAAUCGGCUGAGCCCUCCGUCUUCGCCAAGACCACGCCCGACGGGGUGGCACGGGUACGAAAGUCGAAGGGCAAAUUCGCCUUUCUUCUCGAAUCCACCAUGAACGAAUACAUUGAGCAGAGGAAGCCCUGCGACACCAUGAAAGUGGGCGGCAAUCUGGACUCUAAGGGCUAUGGUGUGGCGACCCCCAAAGGCUCAGCAUUAAGAAAUGCUGUUAACCUGGCAGUUUUAAAACUGAAUGAGCAAGGCCUGUUGGACAAAUUGAAAAACAAAUGGUGGUACGACAAGGGAGAGUGCGGCAGCGGGGGAGGUGACUCCAAGAACUCCUGUAAACCUUGCAGUAUUGAAACUCAGUGAACAAGGCAUCUUAGCCAAGCUGAAAAACAAAUGGUGGUACGAUAAGGGUGAAUGUGGAACCAAGGACUCGGGAAGUAAGGUCAGUCGCUGCAGGUCUUUUGUACUGAUUCCAAAAAGUGCAUUUUGACAUAUUGUUCAUAUGCAAGGAACAAACCAAUAGUCAAUAUCUUGAUUUAACCCAUGUGUAGUAGAUUUAAUGACUUAUGGCCACAUAUAAGGAAACCAUAAGGACAUGUGGCCUAGAGUUUUGCACGAUUCCCCAUCAUUUCCAAUAAUCAGCAAAGGGAUACUUAUGAGACAUAUGUUUCUGUUGUUGUUGUUUUUUUUUUCUUCAGUAUUUCUUCCAGUGAAUGCCCUUAGAUUAAGCUGUAAUGAUAAAUCUAAUGGGGAAUUAGUUAAAAGUGCAAAUUGAUCUGCUGAUUAGAUUAAUUUCUGCAUAUCAAUUGUCUUUCUUGCUUAUUUACACUUGACUCAAUAACCAUUAUGCUGCAGUUCUUAUUCACCAAACUUCGAAUUUAAAAUUUGAUGUAUUAGUGUUGUUACUUAUUUGUCUAUUACCCAAGAAAAAAAGACUUGUUCAUUUAUUGAACCUCAUGAACCUCUUAUCAGUUAUCCACAAAUGCCAUUUCUCAUUGUGACAAAGAGUUUCGACGCAAGUUUCUUUAGACAAGCGAAGGUUGACUAGUCUUAUGAUGUGAAGGUGAUUUGUAGUAACAGACAAAACUGAAUAGUAAAAAUGCAGCAGUUAAAUGGCCGCUGUUUAAAACGAUCUUGAUAAAAACGGCAAAUAGUGUAAUACUAAUGGACAAAUUUUUAAUGGACAAGUUUGGGGGGUAAACUGCAGCAGAAUGGUUCAUUCUGAUUCUUAAAUUCAGUACUCUGGUGUAGAAAAUAUGUCAAAAUAUGAAUUUGAAGGUUAAAGGAUGGAAAGGCAGUAAGGUUAUUAAGUUAGAGGUCUGACCUGUAUGUAACUGACCAGCUUCCUCAGAUACAUGAAGAAGCCAAUGAGAAGAUCAGGUUAGAGAAAACAUCUACAUUCACCAGUUAUGGUCCCAAUUGUCUCAUUUGUCUUUAAAUGACAUUGAGCUAGACGUCUAGACACAUAUGGAUAUUUUGGCUUUAAUCUCUCCAUUGGAAUCUAGAUUCCUCUGGUAGCAGUAGAAAUGUCAUUUAUAGCCAGUAGUCCUGCUUGAUAGAACAUGUGAGGAGUUGUACAGGAUAGUGUGUUUUGUGUCAGGAUUGCUACUGUAAGAUAUGCUAACUAUGUCCCUCACUUCUCUUAGGACAAGACAAGUGCACUGAGCCUGAGCAAUGUUGCUGGCGUCUUCUAUAUUCUGGUUGGUGGACUAGGGCUGGCCAUGAUGGUGGCUUUGAUAGAGUUCUGUUACAAGUCACGUGCAGAAGCCAAACGGUUGAAACUUGAAAAG